UAGUGUGAAGAUGGAAGGAGGGAGGGAACUCUGCAAAUAAAGACAGUUUUUUUUAGGCUACUGUCACUGGAGGCGAGCAAAGUAGUAUCAGUGAAGCAUAUUCAGUUAGUUCUCAACAAUAGCUGACUGCAGUUGAUGUGGACUGGAUGGAUUAUUUUAUUGCAUGCAUGUGUGAUCAGGGCAGUGUAACUAAAACAUGAAUAACUAGAUGGAUUUGUGAAAGAAUAAUCAGAGAGUAAAUGGUAAGGAUGCUGGGGGGCGUAGCAGUUUUGUGCUCCUCAUGGUCAGCGUUCAGGAACUAACCCGCCCGCCUCUCACUGCCUGGGAGCGGAGGACCAGCACCCUCUCUAUCCCACUUCUCUGCUCUCUGUCAUCCUCCACCUUCACGGAUAACAGGAGAGGAAUCACUCGCUCGGAGAAGCCUGCUCCACGGAGGAUGAACUUGCAUUCAAACAGGCAGUUCGGAGCGCGUCCUCCCGCUUGACGCGUCCUCCCGGACUGACUCGCCCUGCUGUCCGCUCUCCGCGGAGCAGCUGGCGGCCACACCGCGCCGACACGUACCAGGACACCGCUCGCCGCUCCGUAGCGAUUUCGGCAUCUGAAAGAGAUCAAGACCUGGACAAAAGCCAGAUCUCGAUGGGUUAGACUGGAUUCCAUUGAAUUGAUGAUGGCCAGGUCCUACUGCAACACACCAUUCUCAAAGCAUGACACUUCCAGCUCUGUGCUUCAUGGUUGGGGCUUCAAAUCAGUGGAGAAAUAUAUCACAGGGUUGAAGAAGUAAUUUGGCCUCUUCUGACGGCACCAUAUGAGGGACAUCGAGUGCAAAACCGUGGACUGGAGAAGCUAUCUGCUUUUCUCCCAUCAUUAAGCCAAGAAGCAAAAGAAGGGUUGACUUGGUUCGUGGUUGCAUUGACUGUGGACUUCAGAAAACGCAGUUGACCAACACUACUAGAUGACAUGGCUAAAUCAUCACUGACUGUGGAAACUUCAGACUGGAUUUCAAGCAAGUUGGAUUAUGUACUUCUUCACUCUUCCUCCAGUUCCUGGGACCUUGAUUUCCAAAUGAAAUGCAAACUUUACAUUCAUCUGAAAAGGGGACUUUGGACCACUGAAAAACAGUGCAGUUAUUUUUCUCCUUAGCUCAGGUUGAUAACAGAAGAGUGGAUGACGCAACAGUCACUGACCUGGCAGAGUCAACACCCGAGCAACUGAUAAAAGUGACUUUCACACAGACGGAACUUGCCCCUGUUGGAUUUAAAGGUCUCUUCAAAAGAACAACAUGGAUGGCUUUGACUGAGGACAUUUAUGAACUAAAUCCUCGCCUCUCUGUAAUAGUUUUCCACCAAGUGACUGUGACUGCGACAACAUGUCUCUAGUCAGACGGAGAAAAUUUAGGACUUUUGCUCUCCUCCUUUGUGUCAUUACCUUCACGACGCUCCUCUUCAGCUACACUUUCCGGGACCCCUCGCUCUACUUCUUCAAGUAUGCAUUCCGACUUUCAGACAGCUUCUUCUCCAAGGGGCCGUGCUCCUGUCGACAGUGCAUUGCAGAGCUGGAAGGCGACCUUUGGUUUGCCGAGCGCUUCAACCUGUCCAUCCACCCUCUGAUGACCAGGGAGAAUAGCAUCCUCUCUGAGGAGACCUUUAAGUGGUGGCAGUGGCUGCAGUCAGAGAGGCAGCCGGCCAACUUCACUGAGGUGGUGGAGGAACUGUUCCAAGUCAUCCCCGAUGAGGUCCUUUACAUGGACACCAACCCCGAGCGCUGCAGGAGCUGCGCGGUGGUGGGGAACUCUGGGAACCUGAAGGGGUCCCAUUACGGUGGCCUCAUCGACUCCAGCAAUUUCAUCAUAAGGAUGAACCAGGCUCCUACUAAUGGAUUUGAGGAGGAUGUAGGGACACGAACAACUCAUCAUGUCAUGUACCCAGAGAGUGCCAUAGACUUGGACAACAACACCAGUCUGGUGCUGAUCCCUUUCAAGACUCUGGACCUGCAAUGGAUUAUCAGUGCUCUGACCACUGGUACUAUUAAACACACAUAUUUACCUGUUAUGCCCAGGAUCAAGGCAAACAAAGAAAAGGUGUUGAUUUACAAUCCAACGUUUUUCAAAUACGUCCAUGAGUCCUGGCUGGAAGGUCAUGGACGGUAUCCUUCAACUGGCUUCCUCAGCUUGCUGCUUGCGCUCCACAUAUGCGAUGAGGUCAGUGUGUUUGGAUUUGGUGCCGACCAGUACGGAAACUGGCAUCACUACUGGGAGGAGAACCAUUUGGCCGGAGCUUUCAGACACACGGGAGUCCAUGAUGGAGAUUAUGAAUAUAAUGUCACCUUGCUGCUGGCGGAGAAGCACAAAAUCCACAUGUUCACUGGCAGAUGAUACCAAGCGUUGCAUGUUCACCGAAUGAACGUCAUCAACCUUUAAAUAUUUAAAUACAUAAGAAUUUUGUGGUGUCUGCAAACAUCCCUGCUUCAUUGACAAGAAAAAAAGCAACAGUGCUGCUUUCCAGAAGCUAUGUUCAACCUCAGACUGAAUAAGCAGGAGGAUGAUACAAUGCCGAUAUCACAUGAUUAUAUGAUUCCCUCUAUUUUCUUUUUUUACUCUGCCAAAUGUCUCCUGUACGACACUGUGGACAUCUUGAGCUUAUGUGUCAAAGAUUAAUAAAAAAGAAAAGAACGCGGCUGUACUGUCAGUAGCAGAAAGACAAUGUGCUACAUCAUACUUUACUGAUGUAUGUGUACUAAGAGCAGGAUUAAGAGGUGAACUGCUAAAAAGCUGUUAAACUCUACAUUAAUGUCCUAAAAGCUAGUGUCAAAACCCUAUUGACUAUAGUGUAAAUCUUAUUUAUAAAUCAUCACAAUGUGAGUUAAGGUGUCUUAGUUUAAUGGCCAUCAUGACUUCAUGAAAGAGUCGCCUGCUUUUAUUGUACCGAUCAUUUUGCACAUUACAUCAUUACACAGUUUCAUCACGUUGCUCCUUGCUUGUGUCCUUGCAGAUGUUUGACGAUCAAAGAUCAUUCUAAAACUCACCCCAAUGAACAUUUUUUAUUACAAUGUGACAUUUAUUAAAAAAAAGUAAAUAUUAUAUAUAUAUAUAUAUAUAUAGAUAUAGAUAUCGAUAUAGAUAUAGAUAUCUAAAGUGGGAAGGUUUCAAUCAAACAAUAAACAUAACGGUCCAAUAUUUAUUGAUUUAUUUAUUCACUCAUUUGCUAAUUUCCUGAAAUUUCCAUGUCUUAGAAAAUUUUGGUUAAAGCCAAUGUGGCAAAAAUGACACUGCAGUUCGUUAUCUUUUUUCCACAAAAUGUUUUCAAUUUUAAACAUAGAUUAUCAAAAUAUCUUUAUUUACACAUAAUAGUCAUUUAGCCAAUCUUUUAAAAUGGUACAAUUUCCUGUUGGUUGUUUGGUUUACUUUUUAAUUAUCACAGGAUUAUUUGUUUGUGAUUAGUAAUCCCAUUAGGAGCCUGUAAAUCCUGACUUUUCCUGCAAUGCCACCAUUGGUUGCCAUAAAUUCAGUAUCUCGGAUUUUGGUUGGAAUGUUUAAACAAGUGCAUAAAUUUUCCUGAACUUUGAUAAGGACCUUUAUUUAAUUUGAUCUACUCUCAUGUCCCACCUAUGCUUAGCAUUUAGCUCUCUUAAACAAAUUUUAGCCUGCCAAAAUGCUAAAAGUAGGAAUUACCAACUUGGCAAAAUCUACUAAAACACACCUGAAAGUCAGAAUUUUAUCUCGGAAUACCUGUUUCAUUACAGGUUUCCACACCUUUCAGAAACCAACUUUCUGAUUGAAUGAAAACAAUUUAAAAUUUAAAUUUACCAGUGCUAUGAAUAGUUUUCCCAACAUGUUCCUUUUGUACUUAAAUGUAUUAAAUGCACAGAAAUACAUUGUUAUUAGUUUAUAUUGCUAUUGAUAUCUUACUUGGUCACCAAGCACAUGAAAAGCAAAUCCCACAGUUAGCCUAGCUUGGAACUGGAACACGAUUAAUUUGGGCAUGAGGUUAACGGAACAAGAACCUGGAGUACUUUAGGGAUAUUCUCGUAACAGCCGGAUUUUGGGCCUUAAGGACAAGGAUCCUCAUGGUCAGCUUUCAUUUAUAGCUUGCAAAAGUAUGCCUUAUUAUUAAAACAAAUAUCUAGGGUGCAAUUUCUCUGUACAUAGCAACAUACAUCUGGAAUGAAAAGUAGGUGUAAGUGCCUUCAUUGACGGUUUUUUUACAUGUACUUUGAUCAUCAGAUUCAGCUGUAUUUUAACCAUAUUCAUUGUUUUUAUGGGAAUUGACCAAUUUGUAAUGUUUGUGUCAACAUCCAACCUUUAUGUUCAAAAUUUCUAAGAAUCAUUUGAACGGAACAGUAUAGCGAUCUAAAGUGUUUUAAUUAGAUGUCAGCAUGAUUGUUUUUUCAGUUUUACGUCAGCAUCACUCUGUGUUGUGCAGGUUUGUAUUUAAGAUCUGCUUGCUAAGCUUUUUGUAGAUAUUUAAAUGCUCAAUACUCAUAUUCCAGUUUGUACUAGUUUUCAUUUCCAUAUUGUUCAGGUUUCAGGGUUGGGUGCUGUCAUCUAAUAGGUUAAGAUUUGCUCCAUGUGCCUUGAAGCAGUAUUCAUGAUCUCUUAACAGGCUUAGAACGUGAAAACACGCUAUAAUUUGACCUGCUUUAUACAGGAUGUCUUCCUAAAUCUGGACAGUUGUCCCACAGCUAUUGUUGUUUAUAUGUUGUUCUAUGGGGAAUACUGUCACCUAGUGGACAAGCGCUUGUUCAUUUCAUUCAUAAUCCUAAUAGAUGUGAUAUAAUAUUAACAGUAAUGCUUUACAAACUUCUUUUACUCUCUAAUGUUUAAAUAAUAUUUUUGAAUGUUUGAAUUUCACUGAUGAAGCGUUGUCGGAAAACAUGUCAAAUUUAAUGGUCUGGUGAGGUCAGUGAUAUUGACUUGUGUGGAACAGAUGCAUAAUUGAAAUAAUUUAGUUAUUCUAUCAUCUGUGGGUACCCACAGAGGAGCCACUCUAAAUAUGACUUUUUGCAGAAAUGUGUGAAAAAGAAAAGGACUUCAGUUAUUCAUAUGAUUCCACAGAGAAAUAAUUGCUUAUGAAUAAAAAUCUAUAUUUUAGAUCUCAUGGUGAGACUUUUAUGUGUUCCGAAAUAAGUUCAUCAACCUUAUGUGGACAAACAUAUUCUCAGUGUUGUUUGCAUCCCUUUUUACCAUCAAUGUACACUGCAGGUUUUUAAUAAAAAAUAAUUGAAUUCUAA